AUGCGUUCACCAUCUGCAACAACGACGCGCCUCCUCCUCACCUCCCUCCUGACCCUCACCCACGCCCUCCCAAACACCCAAAACCCCCUCCUCCUUCAACCAGGAACAUCCUCCCCAAAUGGCCCCACCACCGCCACUACGACAUGGGGCUACCACUACCAUUCCGGCCCCCUCUCCUGGCACAGACUCUCCCCAGCCAACGCCCUAUGCAAAACCGGUUUCCGGCAAUCCCCAAUCAACAUCCACCAAGGACUAAAGCGCCCAACUGGCCUGAAGCUGCGUCGAGGCGACUACCGCGAAUACGGGAUCCUCGAGAAUGAAGGUCAGACAGUGAGCAUCAAGCCGCAGGAGGAGGACGCCAAGUACGGCUACCAACUCUACCCUGGCGACUCAGCUCCCGGAGGCGGGGGAGUAGGUGAGGGCGGAGGAUGGGCCUUGCUGGACACAAUGCACUUCCAUACUCCUAGCGAACACCACCUUGACGACGAGCACUUUGUCGGCGAGUUACACGCCGUGUUUAGGACUAUAGACGGUCAGUGUAGCCCCCCAUCCUUCGCGCACGCAAUGAAAAUAAUCUAAUCCGCGUCCCAGGCCAAACGACUAUCCUAUCCACACUCCUGGACAUAGACACCACUAGUAGCAAUCACUUCCUCACAACACUGCACCCCUGGCUCCCCUUCGUCGCUACACCGCUCACGGCAACGUUCGUGCAAUUCGACCCUAGUCCCAUCCUCGACCGCUUCUACCGCGCGUAUCGUCGCGAACGGGUGUAUGCCUACCGCGGUAGCCUCACGACCCCGCCAUGCACGGAGAACGUGCUCUGGAUGGUCUCACAGGAGCCCGAGAGGAUUAGCGUCGAGCACUAUCGAAGGCUCAAGGCGAUUACAAAGUUUAACGCGAGGUAUCCGCAGAAUCAUCCGGGCUAUAUGAAUUUAUUGGAGUGGGCUUGCGAGAAGUAGGUUUUUGGCAGGAUGAUAUAAAACUAGGUUACUGGUAAUGGACAAGGGUGCCCUCCCCCUCUCCCCCCCGUUCCCCGCGCCAAUUCUUGCAAUUCUUUCACACCAUCACCAUGCCUUUUCCAUAACCAUGUACUAUAAUACGUUAUGAUACCGCGCAAGCGUCAUACCGCCC